CAGGAAUGGCAAAUUUUAGUCAUGACGUGGUAUUGUAACGGUGGAUUGUGACUUAUAUCAUUGUGUGAUUGGGAAUAUUCAUUUUUAUAAUUAUCAGGUUGACCAGAUAAUGUACUUAUUUAAGUGGAGUAACAAGGAUAAGUAUCCUGGUCACUGUAGAAUACAAUUUUCUACAAUUUGAGGUUUCGAAAAUCAGGCUACAGUAAAUGGAAGAAAUACAGCCUCAAUCUGAUAAUUAUAGGUCUUCAUCGUCGUCAGCAAGUAGUCCUGCAAGUAGAGUUCCCUCAAGUAAUUUUUUCUACUUGCGGAAACCAGGUUCUCUCAGGCAACCUAUCUCAUUUGAGGAUUCACCAGAGUGGGAGGAUACAGAUAUUGAAGUUAGGGUGGAUGAAGGAGGUGACUCUAUCAAUGCUGCAACCACACCAGUCUCCCCGUCUCUGUCAAAGAUCAAUAGUGGGUCCUUACCAUCCCCACCAUUACCAGAGGGUGCAGUUGUAGCAAGGAAGAUUGCAGGGGCUUCAAUUGUGUGGAAAGACUUGACUGUCACCAUUAAGGGGAAGAGGAAGUACUCUGAAAAGGUUGUGAAGAGUUCAAAUGGCUAUGCAUUUCCAGGGACAAUGACUGUAAUCAUGGGUCCUGCCAAAUCAGGGAAAUCCACACUACUGAGGGCUAUUGCAGGUAGAUUACCUCAUUCAGCCAGAAUGUAUGGUGAAGUAUUUGUCAAUGGGGCAAAAUCACACAUGCCUUAUGGGUCGUAUGGAUUUGUUGAGAGGGAAAGCGCUUUAAUUGGAUCACUCACUGUCCGGGAGUUCCUCUAUUAUUCAGCACUGCUUCAACUUCCUGGUUUCUUCUGUCACAGGAAGGGUGUGGUAGAGGAUGCUAUCCAUGCCAUGUCCUUGAGUGAUUAUGCUAACAAACUGAUAGGUGGCCACUGUUAUAUGAAGGGCCUUCGUAGAGGUGAGAGAAGGCGAGUUAGCAUUGCCCGGGAGCUUGUGAUGAGACCACAUAUCUUAUUUAUAGAUGAGCCUCUUUAUCAUCUUGACAGUGUCUCUGCCCUUCUGAUGAUGGUGACAUUGAAGAAACUUGCAAGUACAGGAUGCACUCUCAUUUUUACCAUUUAUCAAAGUAGCACUGAAGUAUUUGGCCUGUUUGACCGGAUUUGUCUGCUUUCAAAUGGAAACACCCUGUUUUUUGGGGAAACAUUAGCUUGUUUGCAGCAUUUCUCAAAUGCUGGAUUUCCUUGCCCAAUUAUGCAAAGUCCUUCUGAUCAUUUUCUACGUGCAAUAAAUACAGAUUUUGACAGGAUCAUAGCAAUGUGCAAAAAUUGGCAGGAUGACCAUGGUGAUUUUUCAUCGGUGAAUAUGGAUACUGCUGUUGCUAUACGCACUCUUGAAGCAACUUAUAAAACAUCAGCUGAUGCUGCUGCUGUUGAAACUAUGAUACUAAGGCUCACUGAGAAGGAAGGUCCGCUUCUAAAAAGCAAGGGAAAGGCUAGUAGUGCUACACGAAUUGCGGUACUCACUUGGAGAUCACUGUUGAUUAUGUCAAGGGAAUGGAAAUACUACUGGCUUCGUCUUAUCCUUUAUAUGUUUCUUACGCUCUGUAUUGGGACAGUAUUUUCCAAUUUAGGGCAUUCCUUGUCUUCAGUUGUGACACGAGUUGCAGCAGUAUUUGUAUUUAUAUCAUUUACUUCACUUUUGAGCAUCGCCGGAGUGCCUGCACUGAUGAAAGAAAUCAAGAUAUAUGCCUGUGAGGAAUCAAACUGGCAUUCAGGAGCAUUUGUCUUCUUACUUGGGCAACUCCUCUCAAGCAUCCCGUUCCUAUUUCUCAUCUCCAUAUCGUCAAGUCUUGUCUUCUAUUUCCUUAUUGGGCUGCGAGAUGAAUUCAGCUUGUUGAUGUAUUUUGUGCUGAACUUUUUCAUAUGCCUCUUAGUUAAUGAAGGACUGAUGCUGGUUAUUGCUGCUCUUUGGCAACAUGUUUUCUGGAGCAUCUUGACACUCGCAUGCAUACAUGUGGUAAUGAUGCUAUCAGCUGGUUAUUUCCGAAUCCGCAAUGCUUUACCCAGACCUGUGUGGAUGUAUCCCAUAUCAUAUAUUGCUUUCCACACUUACUCUAUCCAGGGGCUAUUGGAGAAUGAGUAUCUUGGGACCUCGUUUGCUGUUGGGCAGGUGAGGACCAUAUCUGGGUUUCAGGCUCUCAGAAGUGCAUAUGACAUCUCUGUUAACAGUAAUUCCAAGUGGGAGAAUUUGCUGGUUUUGUUUCUUAUGGCACUUGCAUAUCGACUCAUCUUGUUCGUUUUGCUAUAUUUUCGUGUAAAGAAAAAUACAUUCAUACAUAAACUUCUCUCGUGUGACCCUGAUACAAACAACCCUAGAUGAAUGAAGUAGUACUGUCAAUUUUUGUUGGCUCUUCAAAUUGUAUAAUUUCAUUGUUUUGUUUACCUUUUGCAAUUUAAUAUCAACACUACUAUAUCUCAGCAAUCAAAUAUAGGAUUGCGUCAUUUUUUGACCAGAUGAGCCUCCAU